UUGCUUCAUAGAGAGAUAAACAUUUCCUUGUAUGAAACCAUGUACAUACAUAUCAAUACUUAAAUUAGCCAUUAAUAUUGUAAGAAAAGGAGAUUUAUUUUACCCAAAAAAUAAAAGAAAUAAUUACAGAAAAAAAAGGAAAGGAGAUUUUUAUUGGUUUGACGUUCCCAACCCAAACCCCGCGUUGCUUCUCUGUCCAUUUCUCUCAGACACAACAAAAGCAACCAACAGCCAAUCUCACCUGUCUUCUUCUUCUUCUCACACAAUCACAAACCCUAGAAUUUCAAUAAAGGCACAUGCACCUCCUCCUGGCUACUUUGUACGUUUGGAAAACAGAACUGAAGACGAUUUGUAUUUGAGGAAGAGAGUCAGGAUGCGUAGGUGGCUUUGUUGUACUUGUCAGGUAGAAGAGUCUUUCCCAUCAAACGAAAAUGAGCAUUUGAAGAGCCCGAGGAAUUAUUCAGAUGGGAACCAAAAGGGUUCAAGAGUAGCAGCUCCUGUCAAACCUGAAGUGCAAAAGGCAGCACCGCCUAUUGAGGUGCCUGCUUUGUCUCUGGAAGAACUCAAAGAGAAGACUGAUAAUUUUGGAUCCAAGGCAUUGAUUGGUGAAGGAUCUUACGGAAGAGUGUAUUAUGCAAGCCUGAACAAUGGGAAAGCUGUGGCUGUAAAGAAGCUUGAUGUUUCUUCUGAGCCUGAGACAAAUGUUGAAUUUUUGACCCAGGUUUCCAUGGUUUCUAGAUUGAAGCAGGAAAAUCUUGUUGAGUUGCUUGGUUAUUGUGUUGAAGGAAAUCUUCGUUUGCUUGCAUAUGAAUUUGCCACCAUGGGAUCUUUGCAUGACAUAUUGCAUGGUAGAAAGGGAGUUCAAGGUGCACAACCGGGUCCCACACUUGAUUGGAUGCAGCGAGUGAGGAUUGCAGUUGAUGCAGCUAGAGGAUUGGAAUACUUGCAUGAGAAGGUUCAACCUUCUAUAAUACACAGAGAUAUCAGAUCUAGUAACGUGCUUCUCUUUGAAGACUUCAAAGCCAAGGUUGCAGAUUUCAACCUUUCAAAUCAGGCCCCCGACAUGGCUGCUCGCCUUCAUUCUACUCGAGUUUUGGGAACCUUUGGUUAUCAUGCACCAGAGUACGCAAUGACAGGACAAUUGACACAGAAGAGUGAUGUGUACAGCUUUGGGGUGGUUCUUCUUGAGCUUUUAACUGGGAGGAAACCUGUUGAUCAUACCAUGCCUCGUGGACAGCAGAGUCUUGUUACUUGGGCUACUCCAAGGUUGAGUGAAGACAAAGUCAAACAAUGUGUAGAUCCAAAGCUUAAGGGAGAAUAUCCUCCGAAAGGAGUUGCAAAGUUGGCAGCUGUGGCAGCAUUGUGUGUUCAGUAUGAAGCUGAGUUCCGGCCAAAUAUGAGCAUUGUUGUGAAGGCACUUCAACCACUCCUGAAGCCACCAGCCCCAGCUCCAGAUGCUUCGUAAUCAGAGCAGGUACCCCAGUUCUGUUGGCAGUCAAAAUAUUGUUCAUUCUUCAAAUAUUCUGGUUUCGUUUGCCUGGGAGGAUUACAAGUCGGAAGUUUCUAUAUAUAUAUUUGUUUAUUUUUUAUGAGAUUGGAUGUGUAGGGUUGGAUUGGCCAAUUUCAUUUCCUUGCCAAAAUAUGUCUGUUGAUUACUGAGUCACAACAAACUGACUAGGAUUGGGUUGGGGAGGGUGGAGAUUUCUUUCUUUCGCUAAAUCUUUUUUUUUUUUUUCUUAUUCCGGAUUUCUAUUUAUGUGCUACAAAAUGUGUUUGAUAUUCUGUUCCUCAUAAACAAUCUGUUGCUUCUUUCA